GUUCUUCCGCUUUAACGGGAUGCGCGUAGAAUUCAUAGUUUAGGGAUGUACGCAGGGACCAAUGACGGAUGGGCGGGAAGAGAAAGUAAACAGCCAGCGUAGAGCACAUGCGCGCUUGCAGCCUGCAGCGCGUGCGCGAGAAUUUGAUAGGCUUGCAGGUUGUAGUCGCCGCCCCUUCAGACCCUUCCUUGAGAGCGAUGGACGACGACUUCUUGCUGGCGCUGCGGCUACAGGCAGAGUGGGAGGCGGAGGAUGGCGAUCAGGUUCCGGUGGUGGCAGCAGCAGCAAACACCAGGCCGGCCCCUUCUUCACCGCGGCCGCUUUCAGUGGUGGACAAAGCCUGGGAGCUGCUGGACCCCAGCCCGGAUGUCCGGGCUCUCUUCAUGCAGUUCAACGAGACCCUUUUCUGGGGGCGCCUGGCCGCCGUGGAAGUGAAGUGGAGCCCGCGCAUGACGCUGUGUGCUGGGCUUUGCUGUUACGAAGGGCGAGGUGGAAUGUGCUCCAUCCGACUCAGUGAGCCACUCUUAAAGUUACGGCCAAGGAAAGAUCUUGUAGAGACCCUCUUGCAUGAAAUGAUUCAUGCCUUGUUGUUUGUCACUCACAAUAACAAAGAUCAUGAUUCCCAUGGCCCAGAGUUCUGCAAACACAUGCAUCGGAUCAAUCACUUAACUGGUGCCAAUAUUACGAUCUAUCAUGAGUUUCAUGAUGAGGUGGAUUCUUAUCGUCAGCAUUGGUGGCGAUGUAAUGGUCCCUGUCAAAGUAGAAAACCAUAUUUCGGAUAUGUGAAGCGUGCAAUGAACAGGGCACCAUCUGCAAAUGACUUCUGGUGGUCUGAACACCAACAGACCUGUGGGGGGACAUUCACUAAAAUCAAAGAGCCGGAGAACUACUCCAAGAAAGGCACAGAGAAAAACCAAGGAAAACUUCCAGAAGAUGACAAAGGAAGAGCUCAUGGAGGUGGUAAACAAAGCAUAAUUCCUUUUAGUGGAAAAGGAUUUGUGCUUGGAGUAAGAAGUGGAGGAUCGUCAUUAGAGAAAACCACAAGUCCAGACAGCAGUAAGUACAGGGAGCUGCUCAGUUCACAGCAAAAUUCAUCAUUUGGCUUCAAAGGACUAAAUCCUAAGAAAGAAACAGAAGUUGAACCGAGUGUUUCCUGCACAGACACUUGCUGCACACUUCCUUGCAGUGGCAAAAGUAGCUAUGCUUCCACCAUUACACUUCCUAAAGUAUCAGUUGCUAAUACAAAAGCAUAUACUAAUGUUAAUGGCUCACCUAUCAGGAAAAAUUCUUUUAAUGUAGGAAAAGCAGGUUUAUUCUCAGCAAAUGCAAAGUACAUUUCUCCACCUCUUAAGGAGACACAAAAAAGAACCCUUCCUGAACCAACUGUAUCGACUCCAGGAUGUCAGACCACUUUUCAAGGAAAUAGCAGCAUGCAUGCCUAUGGAGUGCCACAAAAACAGGCAAAAAUGGAAGACAAAAGUGCCUUUGCAAAUUACUUCAUAAAGAAAUCAAGUCCAGGGCAGACUAGCCUGUCUAUGAAGAACAAAGAUGAAUCUACAUCCUGUGAAUACUCUGCUACUUCUACAAGUGAUCAGACAAGAAAAGUUAGUUGCCCUGUCUGUCAUUCUCAGGUUUUGGAAGCUAAAAUUAAUGAACACUUAGAUUCUUGUCUCUGAGAUCUCUCAAGAGUGUGUUGCUCAGGAUUGGUCCAGUUGAGUGCUUUGUGUAUAUUUUACUCUUCCCUAUUUGUUGUGGGGAAGGGAAUUCACUUGCUGCUUUGCCAUUUUGUAUGCAGUGAGAUCUUUGUUUAGGUUGGAGAACUAGUUCUUUUCUGGACUGUUAAGUUAAUAAUGCAACGGACCUUGAAUAUAUUUUACAGCCAUAAGAUAAAUAGGUAUUUAUAGAAGUUUUAAAGAAACAAAUAUGCAUAUUUGUAGGCUUUGACUUUUCUAAAUUCCUACUUUUUCAACAACCUUUUGCUAGCCAGUAGUGCUUGAAUUCAAAAAGGUUAACGGAGUUCAAAUGGGUUUUUAUCCCAUUGAUAAUCAAACACUUCCAGAUUCACUUGCAUGUGGAUUGGGCUGUAAACCUCUCAAAGCAAUCCCGUAAUAAAGUUAAAAGUGCACUCAUGACAGAUUUCCUCAGCAUUUUAAAAUUUGGGAGUAAACUGUUAAAUUAUGACACUGACCAUGGUCAGUGGGCAAUUUUACUGUUACGUAUGCUGCUGAUGCAUUUAAGAUUUGGGAGAAAUCUUUUUUAAAAGAUGAACCGAAGGUAAAAUAGAAUAUCAUCUGAUCAUAUGUAUUCUUGAAAGCCAUUGUUAACAUAAUAGUUUGUAUCCUUGGGUUGGCUUUUUGAAAGACUCCUUCAGAUUGUAUGCAUGUGAAAAUAAGUGAAUGAAUCCCACAGAGAAUCACUACAUUAAUCCUUUGAGAACUUUUAAAAUUAUGUUUGAACUGUCUGGGAGUUCAGUAAGGUAGAAAACUAAGAAUUCUGAUAGAUUACGUUCACAGUGGCCAAUAUGGAAUUCACUGUAGCUGUUAUGCACAC